AUGGCCAUGACGGAGGGUAAAGGCGAAGACAAAAGUGGCUUCAAGCAGGGACGUUGCCGCACAGAGCCCACCAUGCAACGCUUUGCCAAGACGGCGAUCGGUGAGGGCUUCGAAUUGUGGGACAGGGACUACCUCUUAGGUGCAAUGCGGCUGUUUUUGUUUAAGGGGGAAACGGCGCCACCGUUUCAGGUCGGUCCCUGCAUGGAUGCCACCGGGGAAAUUCUUGUGCAGAUGGAUGAGUACGAGGAUGCGGGGGAGCAGUUCGCAGGGGCGGCGGCGAAGUACGCGCUAAUUCAGCAGCCAGAGCUUGCCAGGCUGAUGGAGAUUAAAGCUCUAGAGUGCUCACAAGGUCCACAGGCAGCUUUGGAGGAGGUGACCUCAUACCUUGCACAACAAGUCGCAGCGCCUAUUUUUCGUGAGUUGAGCCCCGCACUUGCCCGUAUACAAGCGUAUAAGGCGAGCCUCAUGCUAAGGACAGCAGCAGACGCAGAGACGACGGAGAAGGCAGUUGAGGCAGCGAGGCAGGCGUGUCACAGUGGCUGGGAUCGCACCCAUCUCGCCUACAUCCUCGUGGGUGACGGGUUGCGGGCGCUGGGCCGGGUUAAGGAGGCGUUUGAGUCCUACGCCGACGCCGUGAAGUUCAAUGCCAACUGCAUCACAGCCCUGGAACGGCAAAUAGAGCUGCUUAAGUUCCUCGUCUCCGAGACCUCGGACGUGUCGCAGCAGAACCAACUGCGCCAGGAGCUCCUGCAGCUGCUGGACAGCGCAAUUGCGCUCCACCCGCGCUCCACUCUUCUGCGGGAGAAGGCCUUCUUGCUCAGUGAGACGGAGGGCGAUGUGGCGGCACUGCAGUUCCUCGACCCGCUCUUGCAAAAUCCUCCGCCUGAGGAGGCGGAUGCGGCGGGCGGCGUUGCUGGUCAGACCGUCGCUACGCUUCUGAAGGCGAAGGCUGCGAUUCUUGCGGAUGGCGGCAAACUGGCCGAGGCUUUACAAGUCGCAAAGGCCGCGCUACGGGAAAGCCCCGGCGACGCGGAGGCGGAAGCCAUUGUUACCGACCUGCAGCAAGCCGCCUAG